UAAACAUUUUCUUACACCAAAACCAAAUACAUAAUUAAACAUAUGGUACUCGGCAUAACAUAUAUUGUCAAUAUAUAAUCAAUACUUCUAGUGGCAAUGAAGAAGCUUCUUUGUGCCAUGGUGGCUUUCAUGGUGAUGUUAGCCAUUCCCUGGACGGAGGCCGCCUUUGAAAACUGCGGUCAAGUUGUGUCUUUCUUUGUGCCAUGCACAAAAUACCUAACGAGCGGUGGUGAGGUUCGGGCAGCUUGUUGUGAUAGUCUUAAGGGACUGAAAGCCAUCAUAAAAACAAGCUAUGACAUCAAGUUGGCUUGUGUUUGCAUAGAUAAUUUAUAUACGUCUGACCCCCGUAUCAAAUCCGUAUAUCUCGAAGCUCUUCCUGAAGAGUGCGAUCUUGACAUUCCUUUCAUCAUAUCCGAAGACGAAGACUGUGACUCGGUAGAAUGAUUUGGAUAUAAAUGCAAGUGAAGCAAGAUAUAUAUACAAGCAAUAUAUAUAGCAUG